CGAAUUGCCACGAAGCGAGAGGUGGCCAGCGAUCUAGACAGUAUAGUAAAAAGUAAUACUUGCACGGUAACAAAGCACAAAGAUGACGUUUUCCCUGAAAACCGCCCUUACUUUGGCUCUGGUCGGCGCGAUCGUCUGCUCGAGCGGCGAUGCCCACUGCAUCAAGACCCACGUCGGCCAAGUACUGUUGCCUGUAGGCACCCAGCCGGGAUGCAGCAGCGUCGGCACGCAGACUUGCGCCAGCACCUGCAACGUCGGCACCCAGACAGGCGUGAGCAGCUGCUCGGUAGGCACCCAGACGGGCACCACCUGCUCCCAAGGCACCCAGACCACGGGCCAGGUCAAGCGGCUCGUCUGCGUCGAGGAAACCGCCCAGAUCGGUGGCGGUGACUGCGGUGGCAACUCAGGCUGCGGAGGCAACGGUGGCUCCUCGUGCCAGGACACCUGCGUCCAGGAGACCAUCUGCCAGUCCAACUGCAACAACAACAACGGUGGAUCGAGCUGCAACACCGGCUGCAGCGUCGACUGCAACUCCAACUGCAACGGCAACUCUGGCUGCUCGCCUAUGCCCAUCGUGGUUCCCCAGGUCGUGCCUGCUCCCUGCGCUGUGCCCCAGGUCUGCCAAGGUGGCUGCUCGGGAGGCUGCUCAAGCAGCUGCAACGGAGGAUCCUCCUCGUGCUCGGGAAGCUCGGUCAGCUGCGUCCAGCCUGCCGUAGUGGGCUGCAGCUCGAUCAUCUCUCAGGGCUCGUGCGGUAGCGUGUCGCAAGGCUGCAACACCGGAUGCGGUGGCUCGUCGUGCGGUGGUGUCGUGCCGUCGGUCAUCUCCAAGCCCUGCGUCCAGGUCAUCCAGCAGGGUGGAUGCAGCGGUGCUAGCAGCUCCGGCUGCGGCUCCAGCUGCAACACUGGAUGCAGCACUGGAUGCAGCACUGGAUGCGGUGGUGUCGUGCCAUCGGUCAUCUCCAAGCCAUGCGUCCAGGUCAUCCAACAGGGUGGAUGCAGCGGUGGUAGCAGCUCCAGCUGCAACUCUGGAUGCAACACCGGAUGCGGUGGAUCGUCCUCGGGAUGCAUCAUCAACCAAGGCUCGUCGUGCGGUGGCAUCGUGCCCUCGGUCAUCAGCAAGCCAUGCGUCCAGCUCGUCCAGCAGGGUGGAUGCAGCGGUGCCAGCAGCUCCGGAUGCGGCUCCAGCUGCAACUCCGGUUGCAACUCCGGAUGCGGUUCCGGCUGCGGUGGCUCGGUCCCGAGCAUCCUCGUUGCCAAACAAUGCGCCAAGAAGAUCGACGCCUCCACCCAGACCUGCAGCCAGAGCUGCAACCAAGGCUGCGGCGGCAUCGUGCCCUCGGUCAUCGGCAAGCCCUGCAUCCAGGUCAUCCAGCAAGGCGGAGUCGGCUGCGGAGGAGGAUGCGGCAGCGGCUGCGGCGGCCACCAGCACAAGGUCCUCGGCGGCAAGAAGUGCACCCUGGCCGUGCCCGUCAAGCUGCAGGCCUCGCACCGUCUCGGCGGACGCUGCGCUCGCAAGUGCCACCCGUGCUGCAGACACUGCUGAAAAAAAGCUGCUCUCGAGCACACACCUUCUAGGAACACAAUUGUAAAUUAGUCAUCGCUCUUUCACGGGGCGAAACAAAAUGUAGUUUAAUACGUUAAUUAAUAAAUUAAAUAAUUCAAUUCAUCAAAA